AUGGUAAAGACAAGGAAUACUAAUUUUGAAGGGCAACAGUCUGAAGACGAGCAUCAGUCCGGGGCCGAGACGGUUGAGGAGACAAACUUGACCGAUAUGGUGCGCCAGAUGAAGGAAGAAAUGAUCGCCAUGAAACAACAGCGAGAGAGAGAUGCUGCCGAGAUGGCUGCAUUGAGAGAAGAGAAUGCUGCGCUGAAAAAUCAAUACCGGGAUCCCACAUGGAAACCAUCUGAGACAACUCACACACAGGGGUCGUUCCACUCGCAGGGCCCUCACUCUUCUCUUCCCCACACCUCCGUCGCCGCUCCAGCUGCGCAUGCUUCGGUCGGCCGACCGAUCCAGCCUUUGCCGGCCGGAGCACAUCGGCAUCCUUUUACCCCGAACAUCAUGCAGAUGGCACUCCUUGACCAUUGGAAGUCUUUGCCCUUAGACAAGUAUGAUGGCACUACCGAUCCAGACGAACACGUGGAUGUGUUCUUGACUCAAGUUACUCUAAGCACAAACGAUGAUGCUGCUCUAUGCCGAAUCUUCCCAACAUCCUUAAAGGGACGAGCACUGAGUUGGUUUACUCGGCUUCCGGCCAACUCGAUCGAUUCGUUCAGUACGUUGGCUUCCCAGUUCACAAUUCAAUUUGCUACCAGUCGGCCUCACCAAUUGACCUCGUUGGCACUAAUCAGCAUUCGUCAGGAGAAGAAGGAAUCUCUUCGGACAUUCAUGAGCCGAUUCAACAAAGCGGCGCUCGAAAUUCGAGACUUAAACCCUGCUGUAGCUCUACACCACCUUACCACUGCCUUGAAGCCAGGGCCUUUUGCCAACAACAUUUGUAAGAAACCCCCUACAAACAUGGAUGAUUUGCGUCGGCGAGCCGACAAGUACAUGCAGAUGGAGGAAUUGGCCGAGUUCCGGAACCAAGCCCGAGUAGAAGUGUCAACAAAACCUAACAAGCUGGCCGAGCCGAGUUUUCAGAGUCGACCGAAAAGA